UAGCAGAACCCAAACUUUUUUUUUGCAAACUCCGGGGCUGGAGGAGGAGGAGUGAGGCAUUUUUUUGUGUGUGUGUUUAAAGCAACGCCCUCCUGUUUGCAAUUCAAGGUACAAACCUCCAUUGUGAUUGUAGACGAGGGAGGAGGGUGAUUGAUGCAUCAUCAGUUGAUUAGGCAGCCCUGCCUGGUUGGGGCUGCUGUGUGUGUGAGGGAGAGAGAGUGAGUGAGAGAGAGUGAGUUCGCGAUUCACUCAAUCAGUCCCAGUCAGCGGCGAUGAGCAGUGGAGGCAGGACACUGUGAGUGAGCUCAGGAGAAACAUGGCGAGAAACAUUGCAACAGCAGCAGCGCUGCUCUGGCACAUUUGCUGCACCGUCAGGCUACUCUCGGCGCAGGACGUUAUCACCUAUGGUUACGGAGUGAACGGCUUCAGCCUCCACCCGCCUUACUUUAACUUAGCGGAGGGCACAAAGAUCACAGCCACGGCCACUUGCGGGCAGGAUGAAUCGGGAAAGCCGGUGGAAGAUCUGUAUUGCAAAUUGGUUGGCGGUCCAGUAUCUGGCGACCCCAGUCAAACUAUCCAGGGACAAUAUUGUGAUAUUUGCAAGGCAGAGAGUAACAAAGCACAUCCAAGUACCAAUGCCAUUGAUGGGACAGAACGCUGGUGGCAGAGUCCCCCUCUCUCCCGUGGCCUGGAAUACAAUGAAGUUAACGUUACACUUGACCUUGGGCAGCUCUUCCAUGUGGCUUACGUGCUGAUCAAGUUUGCAAAUUCUCCACGGCCUGAUCUUUGGGUCCUCGAGCGAUCUACAGACUUUGGAGAAACUUACUCCCCUUGGCAGUAUUUUGCUUCUUCCAAAAGAGACUGCAUUGAGAAAUUUGGACCGAAGUCUGUGGAGCGUAUUAUUAAGGAUGAUGAUGCUAUCUGCACCACAGAAUAUUCACGUAUUGUGCCUCUUGAAAAUGGGGAGAUUGUAGUUUCCUUGGUAAAUGGACGACCAGGUGCCAUGAACUUUUCUUAUUCUCCUGUGCUCCGCGACUUCACCAAAGCUACUAAUAUCCGUCUGCGGUUCCUCCGAACAAACACCCUCUUGGGUCAUUUGAUGGGCAAGGCCUUGCGGGACCCAACUGUUACACGACGGUAUUACUACAGUAUUAAGGAUAUCAGCAUAGGUGGACGUUGUGUGUGUAAUGGUCACGCUGAUGUGUGUGAUGCUAAGGACUUAUCGAAUCCAUACCGACUUCAGUGUGAUUGCCAACACAACACAUGUGGAGGGUCAUGUGAUCGCUGUUGCCCUGGAUACAAUCAACUACCUUGGAAACCAGCUACGAUAGACAGUGCAAAUGAAUGUGAACCCUGUAACUGCAAUGGCCAUUCCUUUGAAUGUGUGUAUGACCCUGAGGUCGAUGAACGCAAAGGAAGCUUGAAUCGCCAUGGUCGUUAUGAAGGAGGCGGUGUCUGCAUUAAUUGUCAAGACAACACUGCUGGGGUCAACUGUGAGCGAUGCAUCCAUGGAUAUCAUCGUGCACCUGACAUGCCAGCAGAUUCUGUGAAUGCCUGCCUUCCUUGUAAUUGCAAUUCAGAGUUCACAGAAGGUGCCUGUGAGGAUAAUACAGGCCGCUGUUACUGUAAGUACAAUUAUGCUGGUGAGAACUGUGACUACUGCGCUGAGGGAUACUACAACUUCCCCAACUGUUACCUUUUACCAGUAGAUCCCACACAAUCAACAGGGGCUCUCAUUCAUGUUGGAAAAAUAAUAAACUGUGACUGCAGUGCAGCGGGAACCCAGAACAACGACUGCCAGCCAGACCCGAGCACAGGGCACUGUAACUGCAAGCCAAACUUCACAGGUCGCUUCUGUAAACAGUGCAUGCCCCAUCACUUCGGAGCAAACUGCCAGCCAUGCCGCUGUUUGGGCCCAGGCGUUACUGGCGGGAGCUGCAAUGAAGAGACUGGACAGUGCAUUUGUCGUCAGGGGUUUGAAGGUUUCUACUGUGACCAGUGUGCCCCCGGCUACUUUAACUAUCCCCUCUGUCAAUUGUGUAGCUGCAGCGUUGCUGGCAGCUUGCCUGAGGUUUGCGAUCACUCUGGUCGUUGCCUGUGCAAGCCCGAAUUCGAUGGAGCUCGCUGCGACCAAUGUGCUACUGGAUUUCAUUCCUACCCUCGCUGCCAAGUUUGUUCCUGUGAUGUUCGUGGAUCAGUGGACAAUUUCUGUGGAUCUACAGGCCAGUGCCAGUGUCAUCCCAGCUAUGCAGGCCCCACAUGCAACCAGUGUGCGCCUGGUUUCUAUGGAUACCCCAGCUGUACAUCCUGUCGGUGUACCUUGGAAGGCUCAUAUAUUAACUCUUGUGACCAAGAAACAGGGAGGUGCAGCUGUCGCCCACUUGUGACGGGGCUGCAUUGUGACACAUGUGUCGAAGGAGCUUAUGGGUUUCCUGAUUGUCGAGUGGCUUCCUGUGACCCAGCUGGCUCCACAUCUCUCUCCUCUGACACUGAAUCUUGUCAAUGUCGGGCAAAUGUUGAAGGUUCAGCGUGUGAUAAGUGCAAGCCUCUUUAUUGGAAUCUUUCAAUAGAAAACCCACGAGGAUGUACCAGUUGUCAAUGCCAUAUCGAAGGUACAUUAAACGGUGUUGCGGAGUGCCUGCAGAGUGAUGGCCAAUGUUUCUGUAAACCAAAUGUCUGCACUCACCAUUGCACAACUUGUAAAGCAGGAUACUAUAACCUCGACCACAGGAAUUAUUUUGGCUGUCAAGGCUGCCAGUGUGAUAUAGGAGGCUCAGUGGGUAGUGCAUGUGCUGACCGAUCAGGAAGUUGUCAAUGCAGACAGAAUAUCGAAGGACGUACAUGCAACCAAGCAAGGCCUGAACACUACUUUCCUGACCUGCAUCAUCUGGGAUUUGAGAUUGAGGAUGGCACAACCCCUGAUGGGAGAGCCGUUCGUUUUGGCUUUAAUCCACUUGAGUUUGAAAACUUUAGCUGGAGGGGUUAUGCGCAGAUGUCUCCAAUUCAGCCUAAGGUAGUUGUGACUGUCAAUGUGACUUCCCCUGACCUGUUUCGCAUUGUCUUCCGCUAUGUGAACCGCGGAUCUACUGAUGUGAAAGGAAUGGUCAUGGUCAGCGAAAUAAGUCUUGAAUGUGGGAACUGUAAGUGGCUUUUCGACCUAUCUUUACAUUAUAUACCUUUGCUUAUGAUUCACCCCUUUCUGCAAGUCUUACGAUUAGCUCCAAAUAGAGUCAAAAUAACGAUGCAUAUGAUGGAUUCGGAGCUUUAUUUGUUUCGUUUCAUCUUGAGGUAUAUUAAUGCAGGAUCUGCCACUGUGUUUGGCAAAGUUACAGCUUAUCAGGGACAAAGACCAGGUUCUGAACAGACAAAGCAGAUCAUUUUUGCCCCCAGCACAGAGCCAACCUUUGUCACUGUGCCACAGAAUACAUUUGUGGAACCGUUUGUGCUGAAUCCUGGGGCAUGGUCGGUGGUCAUCGAAGCAGAGGGAAUCCUCUUGGAUUACCUUGUCCUUCUACCGAGUGCUUACUAUGAAGCACCAAUCCUACAGCUCAAAGUGACUGAACCCUGCACCUAUACAAUAAACCCUGAAGACACCACUCAAAAUUGUUUGAUGUACAGGCACUUACCCCUGGAUGGCUUCCCCUCAGUCAUGGCUGCAGAAGGCAUGUGUGCCUUUGACAACUAUCUCCAUAGCCAGUGUCAGGUGGUGCAGCUCACUCCAAGACAUCCAUCAAUGGUUCUCCUUAAUGCUGAGCAGGUUAAUGUGCAGUUGAUGAUGAGGGUUCCGCAUUCAGGCACCUAUGUGGUGCUGAUUGAAUAUGCAACUGAGACAGAUCCAGGCCAAAGUAUCAGUGUCCGUAUGAAUGCUUUAGGAGGCCAACAGCAACCAGACACCAUCAGACUGAAUUAUUGCAAAUACAGUUUUCUGUGUCAUGGAGUUGCAACUGAUUCUUUGAAUCGUGUCGCAGUGUAUGAAUUACCAACUAACGUGGAACUGCAGAUCGUUGCUGAUUCAGCUAACAUCCUCCUGAACAAAAUAUACCUCAUACCCCAUGAACAAUUCACCAUGGAAUAUGUACUGCCAGGAGUACACUGCAUCAGUACUCAUGGAACAUUUGCACCAGACAGUGGCUCCUGCACCACCUCCAGGUUCCAGAAGCCUUCUCAAUCCAUUAUCCUGAGAGAAGGAGAAAUUUCCUCUCCCUCGACACUGCUGCACCUUUAUCCACUCAGAACCCUUGACCGACUGCAACAGCCUCCCAUUCAACCACCUACCAUUGUGGAGACAACUGACUUGAUCUUACUUCGGUCCCCUCAGACUGUUGCCACCUUCAGCAGCCGUAUUCCGACUCCGGGGCGAUAUGCCUUCGUGAUUCACUUCUAUCAACCAGACCACCCUUCCUACCCCGCUGAGGUACUGAUUAAUGGAGGCCGGAUUUGGCAAGUCUCUGUCCUUCAGGACUACAUUUUGAUCAUACCAGAAGCUAGUUACAAUUCAAACUACCUUGUCGAAGAACCUUUAGACAAGUCUUAUGAUUUCAUCAGCACUUGUGGAGGAAACAGUUUCUAUAUCAACCCCACGACGGCAUCAAAGUUCUGCAAAGACUCUGCAGUGUCCCUCGCUGCAUUCUACAACAAUGGUGCCCUGCCUUGCAUGUGCCAUGAAGUGGGCGCUACCAGCUCAUCCUGUGACCCCUUUGGAGGGCAGUGCCAAUGCCGACCCAAUGUGAUUGGCCGUGACUGUUCCCGGUGUGCUACUGGCUACUAUGGAUUCCCUAACUGCAGGCCAUGUAACUGUGGCAAGCGUUUGUGUGAAGAGGUCACAGGUCACUGUAUCUGCCCCCCACGGACCAUUCAACCGGAGUGCAUUGUCUGUGAGCCCCAGACGUUUGGCUGCCACCCACUGGUCGGCUGUGAAGAAUGCAACUGCUCACACUCAGGAAUUCGAGAUAGGACCAGACCUGGAUGCAACAGUGAGAGUGGACAGUGCAGGUGCAAGCCUAAUGUAACUGGACGUCGAUGUGAUCGCUGUGCUCCUGGAUAUUACCACUACCCUGACUGUAUGCCAUGCAACUGUAAUGAAGCUGGAACCCAAGCCAGCAUCUGUGACUCUGUCACCGGGCAAUGUCAUUGCAAGGAAAAUGUGGAAGGCCCACAAUGCGACACCUGCCGCCUGGGAACAUUCUACUUGGAUCGAGCCAAUCCUAAAGGUUGUACCAGCUGUUUCUGCUUCGGAGCUACUGACCGGUGCCAGAUCUCUGAUAAGAGAAGAACUGCGUUUGAACAUAUGAGUGGCUGGAAGUUGAUGGGUAGCGAUCGUCAAGAGUUGCUGGUAACCCCCAAUCCGGAGGACAGAGAGGUUACAGCUGAUGUGGCCGAUAUCUCCCAGGAGCUGUACUGGCAGGCAUCACUUCCUUAUCUUGGAGACCAGAUUUCAUCAUACGGAGGACACUUGAUGUAUCAGCUUCGGUCUGAAGUGCAACGUGGUGACAUCAUCUCUUUACCAGUUGAAUCUCGCCCUGAUGUAAUUUUGAAGGGCAACCAAAUGACCAUUAUGUAUGUAGCAAAGGAUUAUCCAGCACCUGGAGAACUGCAUGAAAGUUGGCUUCAAUUGGUGGAGAGUAAUUUCAGGCAUGCGCAAACACACAACCCUGUGUCCAGAGAAGAAAUGAUGAUGGUGUUGGCCAGCCUGGAUGGUCUUCAGAUUCGAGCCCUUCACUCCCAACUGGCCAAGCUUGUUGCACUGAGGAAUGUGAUACUUGAGCAAGCUUCUGACACUGGAGAAGGGAGUGUGGCCAGCAAUGUAGAAAUCUGUCACUGUCCAGCUAAUUACAUGGGGGAUUCCUGUCAGGACUGUUCACCAGGCUAUUAUCGAGAUACAAAGGGUCUUUUCCUGGGUAAGUGCGUGCCUUGUAACUGCAAUGGCCACUCAGACCAGUGCCUCGAUGGAUCAGGAAUAUGUGUCAACUGCCAGCAUAACACUGAAGGAGAGAACUGUGAGCGCUGCAAGACUGGCUUAGUUGAAAAUGCCACAUUUGGAGCAGCAUCACUUUGUGUUCAGUGUCCCUGCCCCCUCACUGUUUCUUCGAACAACUUUGCAAAGGAUUGUAUCAAUCAUGGAGAUCGUACACAGUGUCUCUGUAAGCCAGGCUAUGCUGGUUUAAAAUGUGAAAGGUGUGCCCCAGGUUACUAUGGAAACCCAAUGGUAUUGGGCAGUGAAUGUCGACCAUGCAACUGUAACAGCAAUACAGAUUCUAAUAUGCUCUUCAGUAAUUGUGAUUCACUGACUGGCAUUUGUCUAGGCUGCAUGCAUAACACAGCUGGGCCUCAUUGUGAACUCUGCGCACCAGGUUUCUAUGGAGAUGCAGUGAUAGCCAAGGACUGUGCCCCAUGCAAUUGUUCACCAUGUGGCACAGAAUCAUGUGAUGAUAGGACUGGUGAGUGUCAAUGCAAACCUGGUGUGACAGGACCACACUGUGACCAAUGUGAGGCUGGAUAUUAUGGAUAUGACAGCUGCACUGGUUGCCAGAGGUGUUCCUGUGAUAUUGCUUCUCGGGACGAAACCUGUGACAUUCAGACUGGCCAGUGCCCGUGCAUGCCUGGCGCGAGUGGACUCCAGUGUCAGCAUUGUGCCCCAGGCUAUUGGAGCCACUCUUCAAAUGGAUGCAGAAGGUGUAAUUGUAAUGGGGGAUCAUGUAACCCUCGGACUGGUGACUGCACGUGUAACAAUGGUUUGGGAGGCAGACAGUGUGAUACCUGUUUACAGACACAUCAGAUCCCUGUUGUUGACAAUUUGGAUUCUAUGAAGUGUGAGCCUUGUGAUAGUUGUGUGGUGGCCCUUUUGGAAGAUCUCAACAAGACAGCUGCAUUGCUGCCUGACAUCGAGGGCCAGCUUUCAAACUUGACCGCAAGCUCCAUCGCAUGGGCGCGCAUGAACGCUCUGAACGAUAGCAUCGCACCGCUUGAGGAUGAACUGAGCAAGCAGCAUGAAUCACAGGAUCAAACCAAAGAUCAUUUGGAUGAGCUGGAGACUGACAGCAUGAAUUUAAUACAAGACCUGGUUGCCUCUGAAGAAAAGGUCACCAUGAUAAAUAAGGAGGUUGUGGCACUGGGAGAGAGUGUUGAUGCAACCCACCAACGUGCUAGUGGCUUGCUUAACAAUAUCACGGAUCUCAAAGGGAACAUUUUGGAUCUAAUUGACCAGAUGAAUAAGACGCAGUUGGAUACCAGCAUGCCGUCUGCCGACGAGUUUGUACAGAAAUUUGCAGAGGUGGAGAAGUUAUUGAAAGAAAUGAGAGGCCGAAAUUUUAGCAGUCAGCAAGAUAUGGCUGAGAAAGAGGAAGAUGAAGCAAAUAAACUACUUGAACGAGUCCAGAAGCAGCUGGAGAAAACGUUGCAAGAUAUUAAGGAUCUUGUUGCACACAUAAGUGAUAAACUGUCGAAGUAUAAUUCGGAAUUGAUGGACCUUAGGGAUAUCCUUAAUGAAGCAGUUAACAAAACUGGACAAGCCAAUGAAAAGAACAAUAUUAACGAGUAUUUACUGGCAGAGAACAUGCAAAAAGUUGAUGAAUUGGAGGAUCGGUACAAGCGAGUGAAGGAAGUGCUGAAAAUGGCAAGUGAUUUCUUGGCACAAGUUUCUGACCUCCUCCAGAUGUUCGAUGGUGCUAAGGAGGAAUAUGAGCGAUUGGCAGCAAUGUUGGAUGGUGCCAGAAUGCCCCUCAUUGAAAAGGUGAAGAAAUUCUCACCAGCCAGCAGCAAAAUUCCAAUUAUUGAGCGUGCUGAGGAACAUGCACAGUUCCUGGAUGAGCUUGCAAAAAAUCUGUCCAGGGCAAUUGAAGAUACAAACCAAGAUGGAUUUAUACAGCGAGCAGUGAACGCAUCCAAUGCAUAUGCUGGUAUUAUUGAGGCAGUGGAAAGAGCCAAGGCUGCAGCGAAAGAGGCCGAUGAGGCAGCAACGAAGGCUUUAAAGCAAGUGAUGGAUGAAGAUUUAGCCCAAGAAGCAGCUAAUUUGAAGAAGGCAAGCAUGCUGCUUGAGAAGGAAGCUAAAAAAGCUCAGAAGAAAUCUGAAGAAGAACUGAAACCGAAACUGAAAGCGUCAAAGGAACGGAUGGAAGAUGCAAAGGCCAAGAAAGAGCAGCUCCUCAAUCAGCUGACAUCACUUCAAGAUAUGCUGAAAGAUAUUACUAGAGGCGAUAUCAGCGAUACUAUUGCAAGUGCUAAGCAUGUAGCUGCGACUGCCAAUCGCACAGCUGUGAACGUGCAGAACACACUGGUGCCCAUGAAAAAGAACCUCGAGCAAUGGCAAGAGAAAUAUGGUGGAGCACCUUCUGACAGUGAGGAGUUUAACAAAACUCUCCAAGAAGCAAAUAAGUCUGUGGCAGCUCUGAACGAAACCAUCCCACUUCUCCUGGAUAAGUUAAAUAAACUGGAAGCCCGGAACCAGACGUCAAAUAUUUCUGCAAGCAUCGAUCGCAUUCGCUUAUUAAUCUCCCAGGCCAGAAAUGCUGCCAACAAGGUCAAGGUACCGAUGAAAUUUAAUGGCACUUCGGGUGUGCAGGUGCGAUCGCCUAGCAACCCUGAUGACCUGAGGGCGUACACCUCUCUGACCUUCUACAUUCAAAGAGAACCAGCUCAGAAACGGAGAAGGAAGCAAGCCAGAAGUUCCUCCAAUCAGUUUGUUCUGUACCUUGGCGGACAAAAUCCUCAUGGGGAUUACAUGGGCGUUGCUGUGAAGAAUGGUAAACUGGAGUGGGUUUACAAACUGGGCGGCGAAGAGGCCACUCUGCAAGCAGAUUCUGAUGUCAGCGACGAUAGAUUCGAUACAGUCAGGCUGGAGAGGAUACUACAAUAUGGUCAAAUCUCAUACAGUAUUGAAAAAGGCACAGUGACUGAAACCAAAGGAAACGGGUUUGCCAAAGGCAAUGAUGCCUUACUGAAUCUCAACCCUGAAGAUGUUGUGUUUUAUGUUGGUGGCUACCCGCCUGAAUUCACUCCUCCGAAAACUUUGAAGUAUCCCAAUUUUAAAGGGUGUAUUGAACUUGGAACCCUCAACACACAGGUCAUCAGUCUGUACAACCUGGUCCAAACAUUUGAUCUAAACACCACAGCAGAUGAGCCCUGCAGAAGGUUCAAAUCGACUCAGGGUCCAGACAGUGCUUACUUUGAUGGUACAGGAUAUGCCGAAAUCAAAAUGCCAGGUUCAUUUUCCUCCGUGUCUCGUUUUGAACAAGAGGUUCGGAUUGUUUCUUACUCUGGAAUCCUCUUCUUCAUGCAGGAAAAGGAAAAAUACCUCUGUCUGACCAUUGAGAAUGGAAAACUUGUUCUGUUUGUUUACUUAAACAACGAACUCAAAAUUGAGCGCAACAAUGAAAAUCAAAACUUACUCAGUGAUGGAUUUCCCCAUCAGAUCCAGAUAAUUAUGGUAUUUUCCAAAAAAGUGAAGAUUUAUGUACGUGUGGACCGGAAAACUGUUCUUUCUUCUGAACGAGAUGCAUCACGUCCUUCGAUUUCCAAGUACUAUCUUGGCGGAGUGCCUGUAGAGAAACUCCCAGACAAUCUGAGGAGUCAGUUCCCGACAGGGGGCUCUAUAAAAGGCUGUAUGCGCAGCGUGAAGGCUCUGGACAAAAAUUUAGAUCUGAAACGUGAGAAGACCAUUGGGAUCAGUUAUGGAUGUUCUACAAACCUACUGGUGUCACGUUCUGCAGACUUCAAAGGCCAGGGAUAUCUGAGCCUGACCCCUCAGAAUGUCCCAAUGCUUCGCAACAACUUCAUUUCAGGAUUUGGCUUCCAGACCCAGCAGCGAAACGCCCUGAUGUUUUACUAUCCCUCGCCGGAAGGAAACUGUCAAGUUUCUCUGAAGCAAGGAUUAGUGACACUUAAGGCAUUUAAUACUGAAGUUAAAAGUCAAACUGAGUAUACAGAUGGGAGCCCACAUUAUGUCUCUUUUUCCAUUACAAAUGAACAGCUUAAAAUGACCAUUGAUGAUCAGGAAAAGCAGGAAUCAAAAUUAGCGAAGAGAAAGCGACGCCAAUCUGGAGAGAUUGAGAAGGGGCAGAUCUAUUUUGGUGGUGUACCAGGGGCUGAUCUCGGUGCCAACCUAACAGGUUGUAUCAGCAAUGUUUUCAUUUAUCGCAAGGACUCAGAUGAGCAAUCAGUUGUAGAUCUCCAGAAGCAUAAGGUAAUGGUUGGGGCAGAGUUAAACAGUUGCCCCAGUGAAAAGCCACCCCAGCAGAUCCGAUCGCACAAGAGGGAGAAAUCCAGACAGGCAAUAACCAAGCUUGAGAGUGAACAGCAACUUUCUGCAAGUUGCCAGUUGCCAAAGAUGCCAGCAGCCAGUGAUGCUCACUAUUUCAGGGGCUCCCAUCUCAGCCGUCUGGAGUAUGACAAUAUCCCAGAUUCAUUUCACAUGAGGUCUAGAUUUUCUUUGGACGUUCUCUGUAAUUCAUCCCAUGGGAUGCUUUUCUAUGUGUCCAAUGAACUGGAAACUUCCUUCAUGGCUCUCUUGGUUUCCAAAGGCCGUUUUGUCUUUCUCUUUGAUAUCAAAGGGAAAAAGUUGAGAAUUCCAAGUAAGGAAACGUGUACUGAUGGAAAGUGGCACACAGUAUUUUUCAGUAGAGACAGAAAUCAAGGGCAGUUGGUGAUAGAUGGUCUCCGAGUGCAAAGCAGCACAAUUUUGGUCACAGCUUCGUUAGAUGUCAGACCUCCAUUCUAUGUGGGUGCAGUACCAAAAGGAAAAGCAAGAAGGAUUGCUCAGGGAAUUCCUGCUGCCAAGUUCAAUGGUUGUAUCCGAAAAUUCCAACUAGAUGGAAAGGUUAUGGAUCCUCCUUCACGUACUUAUGAUGUGGCACCAUGUUUUGAGCGAAAUUUGGAAACAGGAACAUUUUUCUCAGUUGCGGAUGGCUAUUUAAUUAUAGACGAGUCUUUCAUUGUUGGUAAAGAUUAUGAGCUGAUGCUUGAAGUACGGCCCAGGAGUUUGUCAGGUGUACUUUGCCAUGUUGGGAGAAAACGAAGCCUUUACUUAAGUUUGUAUGUUGAAAAUGGAAAGGUUAUAGUGCAGUUAAAUAAUGGAGCUGGGGAAUUCUCUGUGUCAGUCAUUCCACAACAGUCUCUCUGUGAUGGACAGUGGCAUCAUAUUGCAGUUAUUAAAAGGAAGAAUGUGAUACAACUUGAUGUGGACACUGACAGUAAGCACACAGUAGGGCCAUUACACAGUCCUCGUACCAAUUCCAAAGAAAUACUGUAUCUGGGAGGUGUACCAGAGACAGUGCAAAUGUCAAUGUUGUCUUCGAUACGUUACUCAUUUGUUGGCUGUGUAAAGAACGUAUUAAUUAAUCAGAAGCCUGUACAAUUGAAUCGACCAGGAUCCAUCUAUGGUGGUGUUAGCACCAGUGGUUGUCCACUAUUGUAAAUAGGAAAAAAGUCAAAGAACACUUUACCAGGGCUGUUGAUUUCUGAUCCACUUAUGCACUUAAAUAUUUGUACUGUAUUUCAGAAUCUUGCUGUGGAUUUUUAUAAAUUUAAGCUAUUUUAAUGGACUUUUUAUUUGGUAUUUUGGGAGGAAAAAUUUAUCCUGUGACACUGGUUUUACAUUAUCUUGUAAUUAAGAUCCCUAAUUCACAUUUGUAGCACUGAUUGUGCAAAACACUGGUACAAGAUUUGAACGAAAAUAAAACUUGUAUUGAUUCUUA